UGAACGUUAGAUGGACACAGUGUCGGCACUCAAUAGGCCAGUGUAAAAUAUGCUCUGAUAUGUUUGUGGUUAUAUUUUAACAGUGUGAAUAUUGUGCAGUAAAAUGACGUCAAUAUUGAGGAAUUGUUGGAAAUUGUCGCGGAAUUUGUCAAUCGCCACUUCAAAACGUUAUGCCAUCACUUCUCCGUCGUCGGUGCGAUGGAACACCACUACGACUACCACUAGUGAGGAAACGAGAAAAACGGAAUCUCGUCCUACGGUACGCAAAUCAAGUCAUGUUGAUGUUGAACAUUUGACAAAUUUUGGUCAUUACAUUGCUGAUUGUUUGCCAAAGUACAUACAGCAAAUUCAGUUGACUGCUGGCGAUGAGCUGGAAUUGCACAUUGUCCCUGAUGGGAUUAUUCCUACAUUUACAUUUUUGAAGAAUCAUCAUAAUACACAAUUUGUCAAUCUGUCAGAUAUCACUGCAUUAGAUGUACCCAGUAGAGAAUUCAGAUUUGAGAUUGUUUACAAUCUACUGUCAUUGCGGUACAACUCACGUAUCAGAGUUAAAACUUAUACUGAUGAAUUGACACCUAUUGAAUCCAUUUACAGCGUAUUUAAAGUUGCUGAUUGGUAUGAACGAGAAGUAUGGGAUAUGUUUGGUGUGUUUUUCUCAAAUCAUCCUGAUCUCCGUAGGAUUCUGACAGAUUACGGCUUUGAAGGUCAUCCACUGAGAAAAGAUUUUCCACUCAGUGGUUAUGUCGAGGUGCGAUACGACGACGAACAUAAGAGAAUAGUAGUUGAGCCACUUGAGUUGACCCAGGAAUUCCGUAAGUUUGAAUUAGCGGCACCGUGGGAACAAUUCCCCAACUUCAGAGAUGCUCCAGAAGCUGCUGAGCCUGUUUCAAAAGAAAAGUAACCACGUCUACUUAGAUCAUAAUUAUAGUCCAAAAAAGACGAAGUGAGCUUCUCAGUGCCCAGCAUGUCGGCCAUGAUGACCGCAGUGAUGCCGACGUAGAUCCCAGACGCUAAUCCGAAGAAGCCGCAGUAGACGGAGAGCAUGGUGUACGUGUUAGAAGUGGGCAGAAUAGCCAAGGAAAUGCCGGAGGCUAGUAAACCACCAACAAAGUACCAGUGUUUGGGCAUGAUCUUGAUGUCAGAGAGGGCAGAGCCACCGAUACGACCCACUAGGUCUAACAUAGACACAAUGGACAAUAACAAAGACGCAGAACUUUUAUCGAAACCCAGAGAGAUGGCGUAGGCCGGCAGUAGUAUAACGAAAUUGGUGUAGCUGACGGCGUUGGUGGAAUUGGAAAUGAGGAUGACGAGGUAGAUGGGAUCCUUGAGUAGACUGAAGUCGAAGAACUUGUUCCGGUUGUGGUCUUCGUUGUCUUCCUUGUUACGACGUUCAGUCGUUUUCCGGGAGAAUGUGUUGGAGAUCGCAUUUAGCGUCAGCGUGGACGCGCGUUCCGGGUGCAGUGCUGAUAACGUGCUGCCGUGAUACGGUGUGCUGACGUAGUUGAAGGACGACGUGCUAGGCGAUUGCAGCGGCGAACGCGCCUUGGAGUACUUGGCGCUGCCAUCGAGGACACUUCCACGUUCCGGUACGGUGUGCAACGUCGGUGUGCUAUGCAUUUGGCCGCUGAUCUCGCGCCCAGUGGGCAUGCUGAUCUUUCUUGUGCGACCCUGUACCGGUGUAUUCUUGUAGUAUUCCAAGGCGACGCUCGAUGCGCUUUUCGGCACGAUCGGCGCGGCUUUUUCGUUGGACUGAUUGGACGACAGUAACUGGUGAUUACCGUUUUCUGUUUGCUCGGGACUACUGGUGACGGUCGCCGACAUGGUCUCCCCGUUAUCGGGUUCAUUACAGUCAGCUGAUGGCCGUGCUGGUACCAUGUGCCAUUCCACUGGAUGGUACAAGAGCGCGCUCGCCCAAACAUUCAACGUAACGGCGCCCAUAAUCAAUACCGCGCCUCUGAAAACGAACAAACGAAAGAUAAUCGGUCGUAUCAUGCUCCGUAACAGUGUAGCCUGAUAACUCACGAAUAUUUAUCAGCCCGCAUCUGGCUGCAGCUAGAAAUUAACUAGCAUUUUUUAACCACGAUGAGCCUACCUGUAACCGUACUCUCUCAGCAGAAAACCGAGAACAGGCGGAAGAAAUAUCGAGCCUAGCGCGCUGCCGGAUAUACAGAGUCCGUUGGCGAGUCCUCGUAGCCGUACAAAAUAAGAUGUCACGAUAUAUACAGUCGGAGGAAACGCCAGUCCUGCUCCCGUACCCACCAGUACACCAUAACUAGAAGCAAAGAGAUAAUUACGUAAAAAUGUUCACGUAUAUUCGUUGCAUAAUAGCAACGAAUUGUGCAACAAAUAUUUUGAAAUAUAUUUAAAUACGUCGACGAAUACGAAUUUGUGUCCUGGAAGGAAGAAAUUUUACUAAUCAAACAAAAGUGUUUUAGAUUUUAUAUUAGAGAAGAAUAAUUUAUUUUGUACAUAUUUUAUGAUAAAUUGGCAGAAAUUGUAGAAGACUCCGGAAGAGAGAAGUUUCAUUUAAUUUUUAUUCAUUUAUUCAUAAUCGAAAUUGCGACACCGAUUUUUUGAAGAUAUUCUCUACAUAUGCCAAUCUAGCCAAGCACGGUUUUAAAGAAAAAAAAAUCAAAUUACCUAACGCAUAAGAAGGCCACAGAGUUAGCGAAAUAGCUCAGCAUCAUCCCCGCCGCGGCGAAUGUUCCUCCUAACAGAGUCACUGUGCGAUAAGAAAACUUGACAGAAAGUACACUAGAGAGUGGACCUAAAACAAAGAGAGAACCUGCUUGAUCCUGGAUUCAAUAGAGGAAACGAUAUCAAAUGGAAAGAUUUGAGUUCUUACCCAGUGAGCUGUACAGGAAAUAACAAAGCGCUGGUAUCCAUGCAGCUGCCGCCGGUGACGCAUUGAAUACUUCGAGGAAUUCGACGAACAGCACUCCGAAAGACUUGACGGUGCCUGGAAUAAGGAGAUUGACCAUAACGGAGGCCAGGAGCACCAGCCAUCCCCAGCCGCCGUCCGGUGGGACUAAUUGUUCUUCUUCCUUCGCAUCUUUCUCUGUAAAUGCAAACGAAAGCUUAGCACUUUAGACUUUGUAUCUCUUUACAUUUUAUAUCAGAGAAGAACGAACAAUUUCUUUUGUAUAAACUUUAUGAUUUAUAGUGGAAUAUUCGAAGAUCUUGGCAAGAUUAGCGAAGAGAAUCACGAGGGCGUAGAAAUUCGUAUGUUCUUCUGACGAAUUUCCUGCCGAUAGUUGUUUCAUUUGUAAACGGAAUACGGGAAAAUGAACAACAGUUUGCACAUUAGUAAUUCCUGUGUAAACAGUUCGCGAACUGAGCAAACGAUAGCAAUUAGUCAAACAAUGAUCAAAUGAUAACUAAUCUUCUCUCAAUGUGUGCUUUGUAGAAACCUGUUCCGACGAUAAGAACAUGAAAAUUGAUAUGUUAAUGGAUCGUGAAUGAUACUAGCUUCCUCCUCUCGUAUUGACUUACGAGUGAGGAGAAAUGAAACUUGUUCAACGACACUGUGAACAGGUGGACAAUUGUUAAAAUAAUGUGUAAUAAGCGCAUAGAACGUAAUACAAAAAAUGCCGAUGUAUGUUAAAAAA